GUUAGUUCAGACAAAAAGUGUGCCUCUUUUCCUGCUCAUGGAGAGAAAACAGUGAGAUUUGAUGCUAAUGAUGGAUCCAUGGACAUAACCCAAUGUCACACUGUAAACAUUGCCAGAGCUGCACAGUCACAGGUUGUUGGUUCAAAUGAACAGUGUGCCUUUUUACCUGCUCAUGGAGAGAAAGUGAGAUUUGGUGCUAAUGAUGGAUCCAUGGAUAUAACCCAGUGUCACACUGUAAACAUUGCCAGAGCUGCACAGUCACAGGUUGUUGGUUCAAAUGAACAGUGUGCCUCUUUACCCUCCCGUGGAGAGAAAACAGUACAAUUCGAUGCUGAUGAUGGAUCCAUGGAUAUAACCCAAUGUCACACUGUAAACAUUGCCAGAGUUGCACAGUCACAGGUUGUUGGUUCAAAUGAACAGUGUACCUUUUUACCUGCUCAUGGAGAGAAAACCGUGAGAUUUGAUGCUGAUGAUGGAUCCAUGGAUAUAACCCAAUGUCACACUGUAAACAUUGCCAGACAUGCGCAGUCACAGGUUGUUGGUUCAAAUGAACAGUGUGCCUCUUUACCCUCCCGUGGAGAGAAAACAGUACAAUUCGAUGCUGAUGAUGGAUCCAUGGAUAUAACCCAAUGUCACACUGUAAACAUUGCCAGAGUUGCACAGUCACAGGUUGUUGGUUCAAAUGAACAGUGUACCGUUUUACCUGCUCAUGGAGAGAAAACAGUGAGAUUUGAUGCUGAUGAUGGAUCCAUGGAUAUAACCCAAUGUCACACUGUAAACAUUGCCAGACAUGCGCAGUCACAGGUUGUUGGUUCAAAUGAACAGUGUACCUUUUUACCUGCUCAUGGAGAGAAAACAGUGAGAUUUGAUGCUGAUGAUGGAUCCAUGGAUAUAACCAAAUGUCACACUGUAAACAUUGCCAGACAUGCACAGUCACAGGCUGUUGGUUCAAAUGAACAGUGUGCCUCUUUACCCUCCCGUGGAGAGAAAACAAUACAAUUCGAUGCUGAUGAUGGAUCCAUGGAUAUAACCCAAUGUCACACUGUAAACAUUGCCAGACAUGCACAGUCACAGGUUGUUGGUUCACAUGAAAAGUGUGCCUCUUUACCUGCUCAUGGAGAGAAAACAAUACAAUUCGAUGCUGGUGAUGGAUCUAUGGAUAUAACCCAAUGUCACACUGUAAACAUUGAUGGACAUGUACGAUUGCAGGUUGUUCGCUCAAGUCAAAACUUUGCCUUUAUACCAAACCAUGGAGAGAAAACGAUGAAAUUCGAUGACAACGAUGGUGCCACGGAUAUAACCCAGUGUCACAGUGCAGAUAUUGACAGGUGUGCACAAUCACAGGUUGUUACCUCAGACCCAACCUGUGACUCGAUACCCACCUGUAGAGAGAAAGCAGUGGUAUUUGAUGUGAAUGCUGAAGCUGUCGAUAUAACCCAAUGUCACAGUGCCGACCCUGCAGCUCAUGCAGAGAUGCUGGUGGCUGAUUCUGUGAGCACAGAAGCAGAGGAUAUGGUGACAGCAUGUCGAGAUGUUGGCAGACAAAGUGGCUUUAUCGAUGAACCAAGAUCACAGAAUGGUGAAGAGGUUUUGGGUUUUGUUUCUGCUGUAAUGGAGAAAUCACUCAAUAAGCCCCUGGUGCACAGAGAAAAGUUUAAUGGAGGCGCAUCCUCUCGCAAACAGAGUAUAAAUCUGGAUGUAACUGAAGUUCAGACAGACCAUAUUUUGGAACAGCCGUGUAGAGAUGAGCCUCUUUCUUCAGUCAAAGACCUCAGUCCACAUUGUGACCAUUUGAAGGGAACUGAGGUGGAGUCCCACAAGGGCUCUUCUAACUGUAGUGUUGUGACAGCUGCAGAUGGUCUAGAUUCUGUUUGCCCUCAAGAAUUUCAGAAUGUGCACAAUUCCAUUAGAGCAAAUCAAACAAUUAUAGCACAGAAUUUGGAAAAUUCACCAGGUGCUGGUGCUGUGGUCCCUGAUCCUCCCAACGUACCAUCACAGAAACGCGAGUCAACUCGAAUUAGUUUAGCUGACCUUCGGUCAAAAGUUAGGCGUUUGAGCCACAUCAUAAAUGAAGUUCCUGAAAGUGUGGCAGUGGACAACUGCACUGUCCCUCUGUCUCAAAUGGACGAACACUUGGACAGCGAUUCAAUCAAAGUCCAGCCGUCUGUGGAGUCUGACCUUGACUUGGGUGAGGGGGAUACUGGAGAUAAAAAACUUAAGCAGUCAGCUGCAACUACAUCUGUACCUUUCAACUUGAAGACACAACAACUCAUGUCCAAGCUGUCAAUGGGAAGCUUUAUGCCAAAGCUUCCCCAAAGAAGCAAAUCUAUUCCACCAAAUGAAGGGGACUCUCGCCAUACCACUUCUACUGAAGAACAUACAAGGACAAACACAAUAGUUUUUGAUAAACCACUGAAAAAUACCAGUGAUGAGCAGAUCAAUAUUUGCGAUGAAGUGCUUGGAAGUGAUGAAGAUUUGUCAGAAACGCUGGACACGAGGAGUCCUCAGAACAUGCUAGAAACAGGGUUGAGGCCUCCUGAAGGGCUCAAUGAGGAUGAGACCCUCAUGGAUGACGUGUUUGAAGAGAAUGCUCUUAGCGCCACUCGUGGAAGAAAGAGAUUGUCAGAUGAUGAAGCUAAUGUGGAGGCUGAGAAGAGAAUGAGGCCUUCCGCUGAUGGGUCGACCAACAGCACGGUUGAAACGAGACCACAGUUUCCUGUCGUGGAGUGUGACAGUAACAUCACUACGGCCGCAAAUGUCACCACUCAGACCACCGAUUCCUACAGUAGUGGUCGCACAGCCAGUUCUGGAUAUGAAACUACGUUUGAGUCCACUUGUAAACCCAGCCUGUUUGAGUCCCAGCUGGAAGACUACGCAAGCGACGAACCAAAGAAGUUGAAUGAUGGAACCAUAACUGUGUUGGAGUUCUUUAAACUCUUUAACUUGGACUUUGUCAUUCAUAAUCCUCGGCAAAGUGUUAUCUCGGGCAAAUUUGGAUUGCAGGUAGACUGCACACCAAUGGAUUUAUUGAGAGACAAGCACAUCAGUCGUCCUAAACAGAUGGUUUAUGAAACAGAUGUUUUGAACCUUACCGAAAAAGUGGACGGGUUGAAAAUCCGAAGGCGCGACCUUCAGAAGCCUUUGAAGACUGUGAAUCGACCUCUGUGGGAAGAAAUGAAAAAUUUUUCAGAGAAAGAGCUCAGAUGUUUUGGGGCAACGCUGAAGGAGAGAAAUAAGUUCUUCAGGACGGCGAGCAAAGUUCAGUCACAUGAAAUGAAGGAGGUCCUGUACUCGGCUCUUGUUCAGGCUAACCAGGAUGAGCAACAGAAGUUGAGCUCAACCAUAGAGAAAGCAGACAAGAUGUUAAAAACACUUGACAGUUGUAUUUCUGAGUUGGAAACAGAACUUGCAGCAGUUGAGGAAAGUGGCUUUGGGGACCAGCCGAGUUUGAAGUUUUGUCAGCAAGAGCUGAAGAAAGUCACUGAGGCGUUGGCUGACAAUGACCGAAAAUUAAAUGAAGUGGGACUGCAGAACAAACAGGCUUCAGAUAAAGCAGAGAGGAUCAAAUCUGAGACAGAGAAACUGGAGAACCACAUCAGCAUGUUGCAAACGAUCAAUGAGUGGAAGUUGGGGGAGAAGACUGACAGCUGCACCGUGUACACUUUCCUUUACAACACCCUGCAUCUACAGCUGGACUACGAAAAAUCUGAUGGAAAAGAUGCUGAUGAGUCACAGCGUAAAAUGUCACACAUCACUUUUACGUUUCUACUUGAUGAGGAUAAGUCGGCGUGCCACGCCCGUCUUGUUCAGAAUUUGCUCUCGCUGUACUUUGGGAGAGAAACUGCCUGGGUCAACAAGUAUCCAGAUCAUAGUUAUGUUCCAAAGUUGCUCCAUGAUGUAAGCCUCGUGGUGAGUCGCUGUCGUCUGCUUGGUGAGGAGAUACGUCUGUUGAAAAUGUGGGGGGGCCUGAGGCUCGAUAUCCUGGUCAUUAGCUGUGUGGAUACUCAAGUGCACAUCGUCUUCAGCAGUUUGAAGAAAAUGUCAAAGUUCGAGGUCGUCUUCGCUGUCAGUUUGACCGAACACGUCUCUGUCCAAGUACAGAGCUUCAAAAACAUCAUUGGAAACACAGCGAGCCAACAGAUCGAAGAAAUCGUGGCAUCGUUCCUUCCGACCAAGAAGCUCCUGACAAAAGUUGUGAAGAAGAUUCACAAGAACCUGCUCUGCUGAGAAGCUGAAGGUUUUUUGGACUGAGAGCAGCAGUUUUCAGAGUCGCCUCUAGAUGGUGACGGAGGCUGGUGGCAGUCUGUCCGCCGUAAUGACGACUGCUAAAAGCUGAUAUUCAGACACGUUUCUGUGUAGAACUUUAUAUUUCACUCUGAUUUCUUCGUCUCACCUGUAGCUCAGUGUAAAUUUUUAAAACAAUUAAAUGUGCUUUUGUAUUAUAGAACAAUAUAAUAUUACUGGGAAGGUAAGUAUGUAUUUAGCAAUUAUUUUCAAGAUGUGUGUUCUUUGACUUUUUUGGGGGUGGGGGGGUAUAGUUGUUUUUUUUUUUUUAAAUUGAUGCAUUCAUUGCUAAAUAAAAAGUUUACAAUAUUCAAAUCACACACACGAUGUUUGUUAGUUGAGAUCCAUGAGACUG